UGCGCACGCGCAUAGCAUACACGAGGAAAUCGAGUCUAGCGUCUUGGAGCUGAAUCAUCCGUUUGCUAUCCUUUUAUUAACAUUUUUGAUUUCGGGCGUCGCAAUGGCAGCCAGAUACGAUAGAGCCAUUACUGUAUUCUCCCCAGAUGGUCAUCUCUUUCAGGUAGAAUAUGCACAGGAAGCCGUGAAGAAGGGAUCCACUGCGGUUGGAAUCAGAGGAAAGGACAUCGUGGUUCUUGGUGUUGAGAAGAAGUCUGUAGCGAAGCUUCAGGAGGAGAGAACUGUCCGCAAGAUAUGUGCCCUUGAUGAGCAUGUCUGCAUGGCCUUUGCAGGCCUGACGGCAGAUGCACGUAUCGUGAUCAACAGAGCUCGGGUGGAGUGCCAGAGUCACAGGCUAACGGUUGAAGACCCAGUUACAGUUGAAUAUAUCACACGCUACAUUGCAACACUGAAGCAGCGCUACACUCAGAGCAAUGGUCGCAGGCCGUUUGGCAUCUCUGCUUUAAUCGUGGGCUUCGACUACGACGGCACCCCCAGGUUGUACCAGACGGACCCCUCAGGAACCUACCACGCCUGGAAGGCAAACGCCAUCGGCCGUAGUGCGAAGACUGUGAGGGAGUUCUUGGAAAAGAAUUACACAGACGAAGCCAUCGCCGGUGACAAUGAGACAAUCAAGCUGGCAAUCAAAGCUUUGCUUGAGGUGGUCCAGUCCGGUGGGAAAAAUAUUGAACUUGCCAUUAUCAGGCGAAACCAGCCACUGAAGAUCUUGGAGGCCAAAGAAAUCGAGACCCUGGUGGCCGAGAUUGAAAAGGAGAAGGAGGAAGAGGCUGAGAAGAAGAAGCAGAAGAAACCCACUUAAAGCAGUUAAUCACAACCGCCAUUUCCUUUGGUUGCACUUCAGGCAGGACAGCAUAGACUGGUUGGAAUUGUUAGCUAAGAGGGUUUAAAAGAUCGUAUUUGUCUCUCAUUGUAAAAUCCCGAACCUUAACUUGAGAUCUAUCACUUCCGUAAUACUGUUUUGGCGUGAAAUCAAUAGUCCAUCCGGACUGAUGGUGCAUGUAUGGAUACGGAGGUGUAUUGAUCUGAAGCAAGGAUUCACCCUUUUAUCUAGUAACGGCUUUUUAUUUUGAAAGUGCUGUUGGUUUCUACUCUUCGUAUUCUCUGUAAUGACAACAUUGGAAGAGAACUGCUAAUAUUCCGGCCUGUAACGGAUCAAAGCUCAAUAAAGGCUCACUUGUUUGUAAA